AUGGAGGUGCUCACAGAGUAUGAGAAGGCAUCUGGGCAGAAAGUCAAUAAGGAGAAAAGCGCAGUAUAUAUGCAUCACUUGGCGGAUCCUGUAGUGAUGGAAAAGGUGCAGCUUGUUACCGGGAUUAGUAGACAGGAAUUUCCUUUGACAUACUUAGGAUGUCCGAUUUUUUAUAGCAAGCGGAACAUGUCAUUUUACUCGGACCUUAUUCAGAAAGUGCUGGGUAGAUUGCAAUCUUGGAAAGGGAAAUUACUUCCUCACGGGGUAAGAGCAAUUCUUAUUUAUCAUGUGUUACAAAGCAUGCCGAUUCAUUUGUUAUCGGCCGUCGACCCUCCUGAUUAUGAUGAAGGCGGCUUAGGGUUCAGGUCCAUGUUCGAUGUGUCCAAGGCUUUAUUUGCCAAAUUGUGGUGGAACUUUAGGACGAAGCCAUCCUUGUGGAGCGCUUUCAUGAGCAACAAAUACUCUAAGAAGAUUAAUCCGGUUAUUGUAUUAUGGAAGGAAGGGUCACACGUUUGGAGGAAAAUGUUGGAAGCCAGGGAUUUGAUUGAGCAUCAGAUUUACUGGAAGCCUAGGAUGGGAUCUUCUCAAUUUUGGUUUGAUAAUUGGACGGGGCUUGGAUCAUUAUAUCACGUCACUCCAUCUGAUUUUUAUUGUGAUGAGUCGAUUCUUAAUGUGGCUACUAUCGUUAGUGAUAACAGGUGGAACGGACAAUUAUUGAGGAACAUUUUGCCUGCUGAUUUAUCUGAAUACAUAAUAGAAAAUAUCCAAGUUCCAUCACAGUUACAGGAACUGGAUACACCAUACUGGAUGCUCGAGACUACCAGAGAAUUCUCUGUAAAAUCUGCUUGGGAUUAUAUUAUAUUGAGGGGUGUAAAAUCUAAUAUAUACAUGUACAUGUGGAUAAAGGGGCUGCCUUAUAAAAUCACAUUCAUGAUGUGGAGAUCGUGGAAGUUUAAAAUUCCAUUGGACGAUGGUGUGAAGAAUAUUGGAUUUAGCUUGGCGUCGAGGUGUAAUUGCUGCACCAGGCCGCCUGAGGAGACAUUUGGCCAUGUGUUCCUGAAAGAACCCAUCGCUAAAAGAACUUGGGAAUAUUUUAAUUCCUAUGCAGUUCCGGCCAUAAUCAUUUGGGAGCUGUGGAUGAAAAGAAAUAGCAACAAGCACAGAGAGAAGGUAACUGUCAAUAGAAUUAUCUACCAGGUUUCUCACACUCUUCAUAUGCUUGUCAAGGUUAGAAAACCAGCAAUCAAGCAGGUUCCACAUAGAUGGCCAGACAUAAUCCGAGUCUUGGAAAAAUUUGUUCCAGCGUUGAAGGUUACUCAGGCGCGUUGGAAUCUACCUCCGGAUAACUGGUUAAAAUGCAAUAUGGAUGGCGUCUCCAUAUGUAAUCCAGGUAGAAGUUCCUAUGCGUUUUGUAUUAGAGAUCCUCUUGGUGAUUUGAUAUAUGCAGAAGCUAAGGAAAUUGCGGAAGGCACAAACACAUUUUCAGAGACUAUUGCAAUUCUAGAGGCCACUCGAUAUUGCGUAGCUCAUAAUGUGUUCAAUUUGAUAUUAGGAACUGAUUCUUUGUAUCUAAAAAACAUAAUUACGGGUACCUGGAAGUCGCCAUGGAGUGUAACUGCGGAAUUGGAGGAAAUAGGCGAGCUACUGGAGAAUCUAAACGUCCAGGUGACUCAUGUUAUGAGGGAAAGCAACCAGCUUGCGGACUACUAG